AUGGCCGCCAGUACGAGCGACUGGCGGGCUCGCCCUGCCGCUGUGCUAGUACCCCGACCGAGUUUCUCGCCACGGUCUUUGAAUUAUUUCAAUCCCAGUGCCACCACUGAGAUAUCCAUAACCGCCAAUGACUGUGGGAUCUUUGAGCCACCUCGUUGCACAGAGCUAGUUCUCACCAAGGGGCUCUCGGCCCUUGUCUACUUAACCAACAACAAAGUCGUCGAAGUGAUUGCCUUUUCAAUCACCUUCAAAACUGUGCACUUCGCAGUAAACCACAGCCUUGCCAGCUUUCAACAUCAGCUGCGCACCCUGGGACGAGAGCCCAGUCUCCUCCGCAGUCGACCGACGUCUCGCUCUCCACAUAGCUAUCGCUGCGUCACAGAACAACAUGCUAAGACGGACCCCUGUUCGGCCCAGAUUGGAUUUGGAGACCACGUCCCGCGAUGGGCUCCUGGCAGCGUCCUGACUUAUGUCAUAUGCACCGAGACAUUUCCAAGCCCUGAUGACGCCUCUUACACUACCAACCAGCUGACCGAGGCCAUACACAUGUGGAUGGGCGUCGGUGCCACCUUUAAGCAAGUGAGACGCGACCGCAAGGCCACAUUCAGGGUGGUUUAUAGGCCUAAGCAUCGGCCUGACACUGAGGACGUACUAGCCAAUGCCUUCCUCCCUAAUGGGGGUCGUCCAAAUCAACGCACCCUCCAUAUCUACGGCCUGGCCUUUUCAGAUACCCACGUCGAUUAUCAGGCUAAUAUUCUCGCCCAUGAGAUCGGUCAUAUCCUCGGUCUCCGCCACGUAUUCGCAAAGGAGAGGGAGUACAAGUGGUCCGAGAAGUGGAUGAACGGAUGCCAGAACAGUGUGAUGGACUAUUACCCUGACUCGAGCCUGUUGCGCGUCCAGCAACAAGAUCUUGAAGAGUUGAAGGAAUUCUACAAUUCCCCUAUGACCGAGUACCAAGGGAAACCGGAAGAGGAAAGCCAAAAGGGUCUUUCUUAA